AUGGCCGACCAACCCUCUAAGAAGCGAGGUUUCUUCUCUCGCAAGGAGAAAGGCGAUGCGAUCUCCGAAAGCCAGCUCCAGGUCGUACCCUCAACAGAGUCGUCCUCCAAGGAACAGCCUGAGGAACCCCCCGAGUCCGCCAAUGUACCGCAGUCACAGGUUAUCCAGCCAGUCUCUUUUGUUUCACUUUUCCGAUUCUCUACCAGGACCGAGUUGACGUUCAACGUUAUCGGCGUGAUUGCCGCAGCGGCUGCAGGUGCUGCACAGGCGAGUCCGACAUGCCCGCUCAUGUCCCUCCUGUUCGGGAACCUGGUGCAAGCGUUUGUCACCUUCGGCUCGACGGUGCAGGAGUCCAAGGCGGGAACCCUGACUGAUCCGGGCGCCCUGACGGCGGCGGAGAACCACUUCAGGAUGACGGCGGCAAAGGAUGCAUCGUACCUGGUGUACAUCGGACUCAGGAUGUUCAUGUGCACGUAUGUGUACAUGUUGGUAUGGGUGUACACGGAAGAGGUGAACGCGAAGCGGAUUCGGGAGCGGUACCUGAAGGCGAUCCUGCGACAGGACAUCGCAUUCUUCAACCACGUCGGGGCGGGAGAGGUGGCGACGCGCAUCCAGACGGACACGCACCUGGUGCAGCAAGGCAUCUCAGAGAAGGUCGCGAUCUGCGUGAGCUUCUUUGCGUCAUUCGUGACGAGAUUCGUGCUCGCAUACGUGCGCUCGUGGCGGCUCGCGCUCGCGCUGUCGUCGAUGCUCCCGUGCAUCGCCGUGACGGGCGGGGUGAUGAACAAGUUUGUGUCGAGGUACAUGAAGCUCUCACUCGCAUACGUCGCGGACAGUGGCACUCUUGCGGAAGAGGUGUUUUCGAUGGUGCGCACGGCUCAGGCGUUCGGCACGCAGGAGGUGCUCUCGGAUCGUGUAGUAGCAGUGAUGUACGAAAUAUAUUCGUUGUGCUACGAGAACGCGCGAAAAUUCUAA